UGUUUCCCCCGACUUCCUUCACCGUAGGACCGUGUUGGGGCAGUGACGUGGUAGCUGAUUACUAAAGUACAAUCUGACCAGUUGACGCUAAUUAGGGUGCGGUUUGGUUUUCUGAACGGUUCACGUUUCACCUACAAGCUUAAAUUGAUUUGAAAUAAGUAGUUUUAUUCGCUAUUUUGACCGGAAAUAAGUCGCUCGCUGCUGAUUCGCCCGAUCUGAUCCGACGGAUAAAAAAUGAAACUCUAUAGCCUGAGUGUCCUCUAUAAAGGAGCGACUAAAUCGAAUCUGUUGAAAGCGGCCUAUGAUCUGUCGUCCUUCAGCUUUUUCCAGCGUUCCAGUGUACAGGAGUUCAUGACCUUUACCAGUGCCUUAAUAGUUGAGCGAACAUCACAAGGGACCCGUGCCUCCGUCAAAGAACAAGAGUAUCUGUGCCAUGUUUAUGUGAGAAAUGACAACCUGGGCGCCGUGGUCAUCGCAGACACAGAGUACCCACAGAGGGUCUGUUUCACGUUGCUUGACAAGGUGUUAGAUGAGUUCUCCAGGCAGGUGGACAGUAUAGAAUGGCCGUCUGCUACUCCUGAAAAAAUCAACUACAAAGCCUUGGAUAUUCACCUGUCUAAAUAUCAGAACCCAAGAGAAGCGGAUGCAAUGACGAAAGUACAGGCAGAGCUGGAUGAGACGAAGAUCAUUUUGCACAAUACUAUGGAAAGUCUGCUGGAGAGAGGAGAGAAACUGGAUGAUCUUGUGGCAAAAUCAGAGCAUCUGGGAAAUCAGUCAAAAGCUUUCUACAAAACUGCACGGAAACAGAACUCGUGUUGUGAAAUCAUGUGAUGCCGCUGCCUUGUCCUGUUGGGACGCGCCUCUCUCUGCCUUUCUGCUUUUCCUACAACUCCCAUCAUGCAUCAGUCACAAGCGCUUCACGAGGACCUCGUCUCAGACGGAGCACCGAGAGCGGGAAAAGGGUGUUCCGGUCGAUGAUGGGACUGAUGGGGGCUGAAGGAGCGAUGAGAUUUAGUCAGGGGAAGAGUUUUAAUUUAAUAACAAAUUCUCCUUUAAAGGCAUCAGUGUGAUCAGCACCGGCCCACUUUGUGUACUGGAAAUGUCUUUGAACCAUUAAAUGUUCUUUCGAUUGAACCUGAUCUUAAUCUCUUAAACAGUUAGAAACCAUAUUUGUGCUUUUUCCUCAUGGAAACAGACAAUCCUAGUUUAUGUAACUGACUCUCAUAGGUUUCUUCUUUCAUGGCAGAACUCUAAUGACCCACUAGGUGGCGCCGCUUGAUCACAUUGUGGUUUAAAUGAGUUUAACUGUUGAGCUCAAUCUAAAAGUUUUCCCAAAGUGUGUCAGCUCACUGACUUCUACGACUUUUUUUGCUUUGCAGGAUUUAGUUACAGAUUUUUUUUUUUAAUUUAUAUGAAUGAAAAUGAUUAACAUUCCCAUUUGACUGUAUUUUAGUGAGGCUUAAAUCUGUGUAAACAUGACGUGUUCGUUUGCAAAUGUGUACGUCGGCCAUGUUUGAAAUUGUUGUGACACUGAGGCUCGUUUCUGCAUCCAGUAUUGCGUCACGGCGCAGCUCCGGUCCAGCCGGCGCUCAUCUGCACCAAUCAGCGGAUUCUGGGGCGUCAUUACACUGGUUGUGUGUUUGCUUCAUAAAACGGACGACACUGAGGUGUUGGUUUCAGAUCGGAUCACAUUCCAGGCUUUAAUUUUCUCACUGUGAGCACAGUUCAGUCUUAUAGGUACAUUGAGCUUUUUUGCGAACUUUGUGAAGAAGCGAUGCCUUUUGGUUGUGUGUUUUAGAUGUCUCUUUCACUCCUUUUGUAUGUAAACGUGUGUGAGAUGCUGAUAUACAAAAUGACCGCUUUGAUUGGAGUGCCGGUUUGUUUUAAAGAAAAAAAAUGUCUGUUUUUGCUCUUUCUGCUUUUACAGUAUAACGUCGGUGCAAUAUGUGCAACUCUUUACAAAUAAAGAGGAAAAACCUGUAAAAAUA